AUGGCCACAUCGAGCUCCUCCAAGGACAAGUUCUUCAAAAGGGUAAUCAACCCCUACUUGUCGGAGGUGCUGAAGCACCCUCAAACCAUCGAGAUGCAUGAGGGAGUGCUCCACAUCCGGGAUAUUCAAGGGCCCAAGGGGACGGGAACCGUGGAGGCCAGGCUCGAAGCCAUGGAGCAGGAGGUCUUCAAGUGCAAGGGAAUGGUGGAGCGUGAAAUCAAUGCCAACCACCUCAUGAUUACAGAUUCCACCAGUGAUCACAAGGUGGAUGACCGGUCCAUGAAGUACAUCGCCUUCACCCUCAACGAGCAAAUCAACUUUCUGCAAAGCCAAAUCUAUGAUCUAAAAAAUCAAGUCUUUGAAUAUGAGGCAAGAUUUAAAGGUAUGAGUUUAGCUGCCAGUUGUAGGACUCAUGAUACUCAUUCUUCCUCUUAUGAUGGUGAGCUUCUUCCAUGGAAGCCGGAGGAUAAGCUCACUACUACUUCAUCACCACAACCACCAUCAUCUUCCCCACAAAAGGAGACUUAA